AUGCCUUCCGCCAUGUCAAAAGUUGACCUAUCCAAGCGACGACGCUUCCAACCCCCUAUCACCACCUUUUUCACUUCUGCCACAGAGCCAGUGACCUCUGACACACCCGCUGUAUCCCACCAUCAUCAUUACGCCGCAAGGACCUUUUCUGCGACCCCCGUCGUUCCGGCUGAGGUGCAGUCCUCCCUGCUGAGCGUUGGAAUGCGGAUCCGGAAGUCUAUGGCCGAUGGACACAGGACCGACCUGGCCAAGGCCCAAGAAAAGGUCUUGCCUCCCACCGUCGUGGCCCAAGCACCAAGUGUCCAACCCUAUCGCACUACCCACCGACACUCAGAGUUGACUCCUUUCUCCGGCGAGGGGCGAGACGAAUACCUCAUUACGGACGAUGGUGACGCAUUCUCACUUCCCCCAAGCAGCCAAGAGUCCAACGCCUCCUUCUCCGGUGCUCUGGGUGGCCAGAAGCGGUCCCUGGAUGUAGAAGACAUUUAUGCCGACGAGGACGACGAGUCCGACGCUAGAGACGAUACCACCGUUGGCCGCAGCAUUCUAUCCCCGAACAUGGGCCAGGGCCGUCGAAUUCUUCCCAUGCGCAGCAGCAAAAUCCAGCAGCAUACAAUGGAACCGGAUGACUUCGAGGAAGCCACGUUCCUUCGUCGUCGUGAGGAAGUCGAUGCCGAUGACAUACGGAUGUACGGGGCUUGA